UUCAAAUCAAAUGUCAUUUCACCUGACAAGUUUUUUACUGAGAACCAAUGUAUUUUUUUAAAUAAAUCGUUGUAAACAUGGCAAAUACAGGCUUAUUGCCGUUUGUUCGCGGCGUGGACUUUACCUGUAAUGAUUUCAGUGAUGAUAAAUUCCCGGAUGCUAUUCGGUACAUGACUGGCCUUCAGUGGCUACGGCUCGACAAAACUAACCUGACAGACAUCCCUGAGGAGUUAGGCAAGUUAAUGAAAUUGGAGAAUUUAUCACUGAAGAAGAACAGUUUAGAGAAAUUAUUUGGUGAGUUGACUGAAUUGAAAUGUCUGAGGUCCCUGAAUGUGAGGCACAACAAUGUGAAGAGUUCAGGGAUCCCGGCUGAGCUGUUCAGGUUGGAAGAGCUCACUACCUUGGAUCUAUCACAUAACAGGUUGAAGGAAGUUCCUGAAGGAUUAGAGAAAGCCAAAUCUUUACUAGUCUUAAAUCUCAGUCACAAUAAAAUUGAGAGCAUCCCACCAACAUUAUUUGUGCAACUGACUGACUUAUUGUUUCUGGACCUGUCCCACAAUCUGCUGGAGACUUUGCCCCCUCAGACCAGAAGGCUAGCUAACUUGCAAACUCUUGUACUUAAUGACAAUCCACUUGGAGUUUUUCAGCUGAGAGUGGAGACCGCGUCUGGGCAAACGCAGUGUAGG